CCAGCGGGCUCCGGAGCAGCCUCUGCACCAGUACCAGCUCACAGAACUCGACAAGGCGGACGCUUUGAUGCUGAGAAGUCACAUGAAACAGGGUUCCUGUCGUGGUUCAGGAAUGGCUUGCUGGCGACUGGGAUUGGAGUCAUUGCAUUUGUCCAGAGUGGUGGACGCGAAGCAGGUUACGCCUUCUUCAUCCUGGGGGGCGUGUGCGUGUCGUUUGGCGGCGCCUCCUACGUUGGCAGCCUCUUCGCCUUGCGGAGGCUGAUGCUGCUGUCCGUGCCAGCGCUGCUGCUCCAGGGCACCGUGGUGGCCAGCGUCGCCCUCUUCUGGCUCUGCGCCGUAUCGCUGUACAUCGGCCGUCUGGAGGUGGAGAUCAUCCACGAGGACGAGGAGGAGGGCAGGGAGGACGAGGGGGAGUGCCGGGAGUGCCGCGAGAGGCGGGAGCAGCGAGGUUACAGAGGCUCUCAGGACAGCGAGGACAGUGGCAGCAAGGGCCAAAACAAGUAGAGAUCUUCCACGAACGCUGUGGGUGUGUGUCACGGUUGUUGCUCUGAUUCAGGGUUUCUGUUAU